GUGGUGACAGAGGUACGAAUACCACGACAUCUAGCACCAUAGACAACAUUAUAUUUUUUUAAUUUUUAAAUGUACGAAUAUCCGGCACGGAUUAAAUUAACGAGCAAAAUGGCGGGAAACGGAGACGCUUAUAGCAAGAUAUUUAAUGGUAGAUGUAUGGUUGGAAUUAAUAGAAAAAACAGAGGGACGAUUAAUAAAAGAGCGGAAGAAUAUUUAAAAGCGGUCAGCAAUAGUCUUGGAGAACCAGCGGAGGUGAUGUGCGUUCAGAAGCCGGGUCGGGCAGGUUUGCCGCAGCUGGAGGUGGUGUCGCGCGUCGCCGCGAUUCCUAUCGUCGAGUCGGGCAUCGGCGUCGCAGAAAGAAUAUACUUCAGGAUCAAGGAUUCAAAUCCACUGAUCCGUUGGUAUCUAACCGUGGGUGAGCGUUCACUAUCCACCGGCGUGCAGAUGGCGCUACCGGCCGUGCAGCUGCUGCAGACGCCCAUAAACCAGCUCGAUAAGUUCCUCUGUAAAUCGCUAGAUGUCGUGGAGAAAAGAGUACCAUCUAUUUAUUUACCUCCUCAGAUGAUGUACUCAGAGACGCGUGAGUACGUGUUGCGUCGCGCUGACUCAGUAAAGCAGCUGGGUACUGCGGUGCUGGACUCGCGGAUGACGGCUGUCACAGCCACCGCGCUGGAACGGGCGCUAACCACCGCUGACAAGUACGUCGACAAGUACCUGCCACCGGAUUAUCAAGAUGCAGCUGAUGUGGUGAUCAUAGUGACGAGCGCGGAGGGGGAGGGCGGCGAGGUGGGGGGGACGUGCGAGGAGUCGGGGCGCGCGUGCGCAGCGCAGGCGGUGCAGCGCGGCGCACGGCUGCGGCGCAAGCUGCAGCGCCGGCUCACGCGACAGGCGCUCGCAGAGGCUAAGGCCAUCAAGGAGCAGAUACAUGUGCUAGUCUACGUCGCAGAACUGAUAGCGACAGACCCAGCUCUAGCAUGGAAAAAAGCGAAGCAGCUGUACGAAUCACUGAGUUGCCCGGAACCGGAGAACCAGGCGCGGCCAGCGACACUAGAGGAACUGGUCGUGCUGCUGGCGCGUGAGACCGCCAGGAAAGUCGUGCACCUCGUCAACUACACACACACAGAUCUAUCCAACAACAUUCGUCAAGGAAUGUCGUUAAUUUCAAAACAUCUAUCGUCCGCUGCUAACGCGCUAUUGAAGGCAUUACCUGUCGACUCCGCGAUUUCGGAGGUUCGCAACUGGCGCAGUAAACUCCAAGCCUUGCUUCAUCAAUUACAAGAGACUUCCAAAACUUAUUUGGAGCACCUCGCCAUAUUUUUAGCGGGGAACGAAGAGCGGGAAAAAAUAACGCCGCGUUCAAUGUACGCGCACAGAGACGAUUUGGCGGCCAUCAACGGCGUCAAUUAGAAAUUAAUGUUUUAUACUGCUAGAAUAUCAUAAAGAGCUAUAUAAUAUGUUUCAAAUAAAAUGCAUAAUACUUUUAUUUAAUCUUUGUAUUUAACAGGGCAAACUAUUAGUUUUAGGUUAGAAUAACACUUUUGUUUU